AAAUGAAGUUCUUAGUGAAAAGGGGGAUAGGUAGCCUAUUUCAAACUUUUAAGCGAUAGUAGUGGACUCACUAUCCAUAAACUUGGACAAUUAUGUAACCUGACAACUGACGUUGUUUUCCAAGGACGCGGUUGUGUUUGAAUGAUUUUCAAAGGAAAGGAAAGGAUACAUUUCGCAUCCAUUCGAACCGCUGCAAGGCAAGCUACAACUUCCAACAAAGUUUACUUUGACAUUUCUGGAGAUUCUGCAUGCUGGCGCUUCUGUGAGGUUUCUCUCUACUGACAGACUGUGAGGUGAAAGAAGAGUUGUCCUUGUGAGGAACCAGGAGGAAGGGAAGGCCGGCCAGUGACCACAUCCUGUCCUCUUCUGGAGAAGCUGUAGGCCAGUACUACAACAGUACGACGACAAUACUCUGAUGGCAGAUAGACCCAUUCUACCCCUGUUGCUUCUGGCAUUCUGCUGCUCAGCAUUUGCAGGCCCGUUGUCACGCAGCCCGUGUGAGCUGCUGCCAGUCGGCGUAGGCCACCCGGUGCAGGCCCUGCUAAAGAGUUUCACGGCCAUGUCAGGCUGUGCCUCCCGCGGCACAACAGGACUGCCUCAAGAGGUCCACAUCAUCAACCUGAGGGGCCACGGUCCUAAGGGGCCAGACCACAAGACUACAGAGGUGGAGCUGCACCUGAAGCCCAUCCAGUCCCUGCUGGUGCACCAGAAGCCCCUGGUGUUUGUGCUAAACUCCCCCCAGCCUGUGGUCUGGGACAUCAGGACAGAGAAACUAGCCCUGGGCAUCAAACACAUCUUCCAUGUAUCUGAGGGAUCUGAUGUCUACUUCCUUCCAGGGAACUUCUCCCUCCACUGUCAGGUUCAGAAGGAGGUGCUUCCCCAUGGCAACGAGCACCUCCUCAGCUGGGCCACCAAGAAGUACAGAGCCGUCACCUCCUUCUCCGAACUCAAGAUCGCCCUGGACAUCUACAUUAAAGUGGGAGAAGACCCAGUGUUCUCAGAUACCUGUAAGAUUGACAACAAGUUCCUGUCUCUGAACUACCUAGCUGGCUACGUGGAGCCCCAGCCUUCUAAAGGCUGUGUCCUGUCUGGACCAGACCAGGACCAAGAGGUCCACAUCAUUGAGCUGAAAGCACCCAACUCCAGCAGUGCGUUCCAGGUGGAUGUGAUUGUGGACCUGAGACCACUGGAGGCAGAUGUUCCAUUGAAACGUAACGUCGUGCUGCUGCUGAAGUGUGAGAAGUCUGUCAACUGGGUCAUCAAGGCUCACAGCGUCAUCGGCAAACUGGACGUGGUGACGUCAGAUACCAUCAGUCUGAGCCCCAACACAGAAAGGCUGAUGGAGGUGUCUAAGACCCCCAAGCACCACCUCCCAUCUGGCUCUCAGGCCCUGAUCAAGUGGGCAGAGGAGCAUAGCUAUGGACCGGUCACCUCCUACACCCACACCCCUGUGGCUAACACCUUCAACCUGAGGCUCAGGGAGCCAGAUGUAUUAGAUCCCCUGGAGUCCAUGUUCCUUCCAGACCUGUCUAUCCCGUGGGACACCAACCCCCUCCUGUCUGGUGGUCCGGGGGGUGCUGCCUCGCGCUCCGGUGGCCUGCCCUUCCCCUUCCCCCCACCCAAGGAGCAUGGCCUGCCCUACCUGUCCCUGGAGGACCGUUCCUGGCUGGGAGGGGAGCAGGGUGGGGAGCCUGAGGAGCAGCAGGGGACCCUCAGUGUGGGGCUCAGUGUUCAGUGUGAGGAGAACAGGAUGGUGGUCAGCAUCGACAGAGAGAGUCUGGAGGCCAGUGGUUAUGGUAAUGCCAACCUGACUCUUCAAGACCCAGAAUGCAAAGCAACGGUUAACUCCACCCACUACACCCUAGAGACACCAUUGGAGGGCUGUCAGACAACCAAGUACCCCAUGCACCCCAGCUCUAUGGUCCUCUACAUCAACUCAAUCUUGAUAAGUCCUGCUGAGCCUAAGGAUGGGAGUGGUGGUCCCCCAGAUGACGAGGAUCUAGAGUCCGGAGACGUGACCUUCCCUGGGGAGGCAGAUGAGCUGGAGAGGCUGGAGAGGGCUGCUUUCCUGGGGCACACCACGGAUCCUGAUCACAGAUCCUCCAUUCUGUUCAACUGCACCUACAGAAAGAACCAGAACACCCUCGGAGGAUCAGGAUCAUCAGGAUCGUUUUCCCACUUCGCCCCAGCAGCUAAGGAACCAGUCAGAACCGACGUGAUGUUCAACAUGGAGCUGUACAACACCCAACUCUUCCGCUAUCCUUCAACCCAGGCCUUCCACACCGUUUCCAAAAAUAAGCAGGUCUUCGUAGAGAUUGGGGCCUUCAAAGUCGACCCAGAGCUAGGGUUCAUGAUCCAGACCUGUUUCAUCUCUGCCAACUCCAACCCGAACAUCCCGUCUUACUACACCCUGAUCGAGAACAUCUGCCCUACGGACAACACGGUCAAGUACUACCCUCAGAGAGACCUCCCUAUUCCCCACUCCCAGACCGACAGGAAGAGGUUCAGCUUCACCUUCAACUCAUCCUUCAACGAAUCGUUGCUGUUUCUGCACUGUGAAAUGUCUCUCUGCUCCAAGAGACACCACAACAACCAGGGACGGGCUAUGUGUAUCCAACCGGACGAGGCGUGUACGUCUGUCAACGGAGAGAUCAUCCUAGCCAUGAUGAUGAACGCCAAGACUUCUACCAAGACCCUGGUGGUGGUGGUGGAAGGACAUGACACAGUGGAGAAGGAGGGACCAGUGCCUCCCACCCGCACGGGCCCUCCUGACCCACCAGGGGAAACUGUUUUGUAUGUGUUGGACACGCCGACCGUGGUUGGGAUCGCCUUCGCCGCAUUUGUGAUCGGGGCCCUGUUGACCGGAGCCCUGUGGUUCAUCUACUCUCAUACAGGUGAUACAGCUGGCCGACAGCAGGCCCAGAAGCCCCAGCCCCCAGCCUCAGAGAACAGCAGUGCGGCCCACAGUAUUGGCAGCACACAAAGCACGCCCUGUUCCAGCAGCAGCACAGCGUAACCUUGGGGCCAGUCCGGGGCCAGCGGAGAAGGAGAGCCCCCCACCCCUCUGCAGGGCCACAGGAAGGGCCACACGGGUCACAGGGAACUGGGUUUGCUAACAUUUGUUUCCCCGCUCGAUGAAAGGAAUUAUUUUGGGAUGCUUUGUGAAAACAAAGAAGAAGAAUUUAUUAAAAAAGAAGACAAACAAAAGGAUUUUGUAAGAAAGCCUGAUGUUGCUGGUUAAAUUCGAUGUGUACCAUUUUAUUUCAACACAAGUCGUUAAGGUUUUGUGACAGAGCUACUGUACUGGAAGGCCUGGUCUGAAGGGGAAAUAGUACUAAUACCACAGAAAGGCAACAAGGCCUCACAUCUCUAGAGCGAUAGAACUCUAGCUACGGACAAGAAACAACUGUUAGUGAAAUACCAGACUUUUUUUCUUAUCCAAAUGCUGCUUUUUCUGCAACCACAACAGAGAAUUUUGUUUUGACCUUAAACGUCUAGUUGAAGCUGUAAACAAGCUAGUGUACACCAAUAGCACUGGAGACCGUAAAGCUGCCUGUCUGCACACACCAUCUGUGGGUGUUAGCAAGACUAGUGAGAGGAACAACAUGGCUGUCAACCAGAGUGUUAACCCCUAUCAAUAUAUCAAUAUGCUAUAUAAAUAAUAGAUGCUACCUCCUAUCCACAUGUUAUAGGAGAUAGUCAAAUCAACGAGUUGAAUCAGAGAGCAAUAGUGUGAGAAGGAGCCUGUCGGCAGUCUCUUUUCCCCUCAAAGCAUCCUGCCAUGUGCUAUUAAUCACUUGGAAUCUGAAAGGACUUAAUAACCAAGCAAGUUAUAUACAUAUAUAGAUAGAUACCAAGAAAUGUGAAAGACAAAAGUAAUGUGAAAGAUAUCUUGAUGAACCAUGUUUGCAAGCCAGCUAGUCAUGACAAUCGGUCAGGACUUUGGCAACGCAUCCGUCUAAACAUACUGUUGUGACAACAUCGAUGACAAAGUAUCAGCGGUGUGCAUUUGGUCAUAUUGAGUGAUGAUUGCUUUGCAGUCCUUCGUCUCAAGUUUGAUUGGUGUUACACAGCUUGGCUUUCGGCAGUAUGGGUUUCUCAUAUACUAUAUAGAAACAGCCAUUGUAAAGCUAUAUAUAUAUUUUUGCAACUAUUGUAAAUAAUAUAAAAUGUUAUAAGGAGAAAGUCAAAAUAUAAUGUGCAAGAUUGUGUGCAUUCGAAGCCUUAUGUUGUUAAAUAAGACAUGGUAAAGUGGCUAUGUUUGGCCAGUAUUCCCAUAUAUACUGUAAUGUUUUAUGUUUUUAUCCACUGUGAGGUAACUAAAAUGCUACAUGCUGCAGUAUUGGAUCAUAAAUAUAUAUACAGUAUUGUAAUUGGGCAUUACAUUUGGAGCACAGUAAUUGGGCAUUACAUUUAAACCACAAAAACAACGUGCCAUUCGAUCUGGGUCCGACACCACUAGGCCUUCAGCUGUUUUCAUUCUGAUUGUACAUAAUAAUGUUGUACACAAUUUCAUACCAACAUUUACAUUUUUCACAGCAAAUAAUUAAGAACCUGAUAUAGUUGAGUUUGUGGAAUGAAAAUAUAAGCCAAAAUAGUAAUUGUCUGGUUUUGUUCAGUAAAUCAUACUCAGAUUCUCAGCUUUCAAGUAUAUUUUCUGUAUCUGGUAAAUACAUUGUCAAUCUUACUCACCAGGGCAUGAAAUAGUUCAACGUUGCAAUAUACUGGCGCCAUCUUGUAAUCUUAAUGGUGUAUUUGUUCCGACAAACAUUCCACAUCCUGAUUAUUUACGCCCUGGUGUCAUGUUCAACAUGUAUUGUUUCUCUCUGUGUUUAUAGACAUAUUUUAUUUUACCUUUAUUUAACUAGGCAAGUCAGUUAAGAACAAAUUCUUGUUUUCAAUGACGGCCUACGAUCAGUGGGUUAACUGCCUUGUUCAGGUGCAGAACGACAGAUUUUACCUUGUCAGCUCGGGGGUUCGAUUUUGCAAUUUUUCGGUCACUAGUCCAACGCUCUAACCACUAGGUUACCUGCCGCCCCAGUAUGGGCACUUAGAUGUACAUGAUUGUGUACAUAAUUGUACUACUAUGGCUGACCCUGUAAAACAACACAUUUCACUGCACAUAUUCGGUGUAUGUGACAAUACAACAUGUUUGUUUUUUUAUGUCAUGUGCCAUGCUAAUGCAAAGCCAAAAGAAUCCCACCGUCAUAGAAUCCAUGAAUGUUCUCUGGUGUUCCUUUACUUUUAGUAAUUGGGGGGGGGGGUUGAAUAGAAAUAUCUUUUUUUAGGAGAAAAGGGAUGGUUUGUACUAAUUUUACUUUGUGGUUGGGCGUGUAAAAGAGAACCCAAUACGUUAAGUAAACAUAAUUUGCGUUAGAUCCUACUUUUAUGUGUUAAGUGUUUUAUCGCAAAUCUUUGAGCCUGUGUUGUAUGUAAACAUGUGUAGUUGUCUCCACAGAAGAAAGCAGAGUAUAAAUAUAUUUGUGGAUAAAAUUAUAUAUAUUUGAAAGUAUCUACCUAGAGACAAUCUAUUGUUGACUCUUUCAGUACUGUGAAUUGUUUUGUGUCGUGCUCUUUCUAUUUUUCAUAAAUGUACAUACAAGUGCAUUUGAAAAGUAUUCAGACCCCUUCCCUUUUUUCACAAUAUGUUACUUUACAACCUUAUUCUAAAAUGUAUUAAAUCUACACACAAUCUACACACAAUACCCCAUUAUGACAAAGCGGAAAUAUGUUUUUUGAAAAUGUAUAAAAAAAUAUGUAUUCAGGCCCUUUGCUAUGAGACUCGAAAAUGAAGCUCAGGGGCACCCUGUUUCCAUUGAUCAUCCUUGAGAUGUUUCUACAACUUUAUUGGAGUCCACCUGUGGUAAAUUCAAUUGAUUGGACAUGAUCUGGAAAGGCACACACCUGUCUAUAUAAGGUCCCACAGUUGACAGUGCAUGACAGAGCAAAAAACAAGUCAUGAGAUCGAAGAAAUUGUGCGUAGAGCUCCGAGACAGGAUUGUGUUGAGGCACAGAUCUGGGGAAGGGUACCAAAACAUUUCUGCAGCAUUGAAGGUCCAUCAUUCUUAAAUGGAAUAAGUUUAGAACCACCAGGACUCUUCUUAGAUCUGGCCGACAGGCCAAACUGAGCAAUCGGGGGAGAAGGGCCUUGGUCAGGGAGGUGACCAAGAACCCGAUGCUCACUCUGACAGAGCUCUAGAGUUCCUCUGUGAAGAUGGGGGAUCCUUCCAGAAGGACAACCAUCUCUGCAACACUCCACCAAUCAGGCAUCUAUGGUAUAGUGGCCAGACGGAAGCCAGUCCUCAGUGAAAGGCACAUGACAGCCUGCUUGGAAUUUGCCAAAAGGCCAAAAGAAACAAGAUUCUUUGGACUGAUGAAACCAAGAUUGAACUCUUUGGCCUGAAUGUCAAGCAUCAUGUCUGGAGGAAACCUGGCACCAUCCCUACGGUGAUGCAUGGUGGUGGCAGCAUCAUGCUGUGGGGAUGUUUUUCAGAGGCAGGGACUAUGAAACUAGUCAGGAUCGAGGGAAAGAUGAACGGAGCAAAGUACAGAGUGAUCCUUGUUUAAAGUCUGCUCCAGAGCGCUCAGGACCUCAGACAGGCGAACAUUCCCCUUUCAACAGGACAACGACCCUAAGCACACAGCCAAGACAACAACGCAGGACUGGCUCCGGGACAAGUCUCUGAAUGUCCUUGAGUGGCCCGGACUUGAACCCAUUCAAACAUCUUUGCAUAGACCUGAAAAUAGCUGUGCAGCGAUGCUCCCCAUCCAACCUGACAGCUUGAGAGGAUCUGCAGAGAAGAAUGGGAGAAACUCCCAAAUGCAGGUGUGACAAAUCUUGUAACGUCAUAUCCAAGACUCAAUGCUGUAAUUGCUGCCAAAGGGGCUUCAACUAAAUACUGAGUAAACAGUCUGAAUACUUAUGUAAAUGUGAUAUUUUUAAAAACCUGUUUUUGCAUUGUCAUUAUGGGGUAUUUUGUGUAGAUUGAUCAGGAAUCUUUUUUUUAAAUCCAUUUUAGAAUAAGGCUGUAGCGUAACAAAAUGUAGAAAAAGCCAAGGCGUCUGAAUACUCUCCGAAGGCACUGUAUAUUACUUUAUAUAUUUCUUUUUCUAAAAGAUAUAUAUAAAUAUUGGCAAUUUUCUUCAUGUGAUGUUUUGAUUUUUUAGAACGUUUCCAAACCCAUUAGUUCUCACUCCGUGUUGAAUUUGGUUCCAUUGACUACCUUUAAAAGGAUACCGUUGUUAAUGAAUUUAUUCUUUGUAAACAUAGAGACGAUUAGAUAUUGUAUAGCAUUACAAAAGUAAUAUAUUUGAAACCCACAUCUUACAUAUGAACACGAAUGUGACAUUAUUGAUAAUAUAUAAGUAAGCAAGACUAAAGUGCUAUAUAAACACAAUGGAAAAGUAGCAUAACAUUUUAUUUCCAUAAAUCAAAAGAUCUGAUUUUCUGUAUAGUCUGUUCCUAUCACAUAGUCAUCUGUCGUAGUACAGGUUUAGCUGUGCCAGAAGAGUUUUUCCUUUAUUAUUUUUUUUUAUAGCUAUAGUGUAUGUGAGUUCUCUCUGAAAUGUUGCUUUUUCUAGUGGAAUGGCAGUCUUCAACAUUCAUCAUUUUGCAUUGAUAACAUUCCUGUAGUUCACUGGCUUUUCUUACUGACUGCUCGACGUUUACCCAUGAACCUGCCUCUUCCUUUUAUCUCCUCCCUGUCUAACGGGGUACAGGAGGUUGAGGACCUUCAUAUUCCCAUUAUUGUCCAAAUACCUAUGAAGAGGAAUAACCUCUCUGUAGGACGUUCCAUCUGAAAUUACACUUUAUGAAUUUGGAUUCGAUUAGACAUUCUAUUUGUAAGUUAAUAUUGCAAAUCACUGUUAGUAAAUCUUACAGUGAUAGAGUAUUGUGGAAAGUAGCACAGGGGAGGUUUGCUGGUUACAGCCAACCUGUAAGAGGGGCCCCACUUUCAUACAGUACAUAAUAACAAAUUGUAUUGCUUUAGUUGUUUGAACCUUUUUAUCAACGUUUAUCUACCUCAUUUUGUGAGUUUGUGUGUGUGUGCUGAAUGUGUAUGAAUAUGUAUGUACUUGUGUGAGAGAAAAAGAGAGAGAGUUGUGUUCUACUAUUUAAUAUGUUGUAAUGGUUGAAAGGGCUCUAUGUUUUUCUGUACAGUGCCUUCAGAAAGUUUUCAUACCCCUUGACUUAUUCCACAUUUUGUUGUUACAGCCUGAAUUCAAAAUGGAUUAAAUAGAUUUUUAUUCUACACACAAUACCCCCAUAAUGACAAAGUGAAAACGUGUUUUUAGAAAUGUUAUCAAAUUUAUUGAAGAUUAAAUACAGAAAUAUUACCUUUGGCAGCAAUUACAGCUGUGAGCCUUUAUGGGUAAGUCUAUAAGAGCUUUCCACGCCUGGAUGGUGCAAAAUGUGCCCAUUAUUCUUUUCAACAUUCUUCAAGCUCUGUCAAAUUGGUUGUUGAUCAUUGCUAGACAAUUUUCAGGUCUUGCCAUACUUUUUCAAGUAGAUUUAAGUCAAAACUGUAAGUCGGCCACUCAGGAACAUUCACUGUCUUCUUGGUAAGCAACUCCAGUGUAGAUUUGGCCUUGUGUUUUAGGUUAUUGUCCUGCUGAAGGGUGAAUUCACCACCCAGUGUCUGGUGAAAAACAGACUGAACCAGGUUUUCUUCAAGGAUUUUGCCUCUUAGCUAUCCUGAAAAACUCCCCAGUCCAUAAUGAUUACAAGCAUACCCGUAACAUGAUGCAGCCACCAAUAUGGUUGAACAUAUGGAGAGUGGGACUCAGUAAUGUGUUCUAUCGGAUAUUGCCCCAACAUAACACUUUGUAUUCAGGACCAAGUAUUACUUUAGUGCCUUGUUGCAAACAUGAUGCAUAUUUUGGAAUAUUUUUAUUGUGUUCAGGCUUCCUUAUUUUCACUCUGUCUAUUAUGUUAGUAUUGUGGAGUAACUACAAUGUUGUUGAUCCAUCAUUCUUUUUCUCCUAUCACAGCCAUUAUACUCUUAACUGUUUUACAUCCACCAUUGGCCUCAAUGGUGAAAUCCCUGAGCGGUUUAUAUAUCAGAGUGUAACUAAUAUCCCCACCAUGUUCAACGGGAUAUUCAAUAUCUCUUUUUUUUCUCCCAAUGGGUGCCCUUCUUUGUGAGCCAUUGGCAAACUUCCCUGGUCUUUGUGGUUGAAUCUGUUUGAAAUUCACUUACAGAUAGUUGUAUGUGUGGGGUACAGACAUGGGGUAGUCAUUAAAAUAUAAUUUGAAACAUUAUUGCACACAGUGUGAGUCCAUGCAACUUAUUAUGUGUAAUCACAUUUAAACUCCUUAACUUAUUUAGGCUUGCGAUAACAAAAGGGUUGACUACUAAUUGACUCGAGACAUUUCGGCUUUUCAUUUUUAAUGAAUUUUUAAAAGAUUCUAAAAACAUAAUUCACUUUGACAUUAUGGGGUAUUGUGUGGAGGCCAAUGACAAAAAAAAUAUCUAUUUAAGAAAUUUCAAAUUCAGGCUGUAACACGACGAAAUGUGGGAAAAGUAAAUGGUGUGCAUACUUUCUGAAGGACCUGUAUAUAUAUGUUCAAGUCUAAAAUCUUUAAAACUUUUCCACAAUUUGAUAGUCAAUGUACUGUAGAUGCCCUCUCCCUACCAUUGGUCAGUUGGCUGUAGGGCGGCAGGUAGCCUAGCAGUUAGAGCAUUGGGAUAAUAACCGAAAGGUUGCUGGUUUGAAAACAUGAGUAUGUUGAUGUGCCCUUGAGCAAGGCACUUAUCGCUAACAUUUGCUCCACUCCAGUGGUGCCAUACUACUAUGGUUGACCCUUUAAAACUACACCUUUCUGGUGUAUGUGACAAUAAAACAUUUUUUUUUGUAGUUUCAUAACACAACCAAAGAAGUCCCUUCUCAAAUGCUAGUCGAAAUACCCUUCUUCUCAAAGCUAUUUCUUAAUACGAUUUUUGUUUUUGUUUUGCAAAGCUUUUUGUAAAUAAAACAUGCUGUAAAUAUGCAUGAUAUUUUGUAUCCACAUUUGUAUACAUAAUAAAUUCAUAUAAUCCUUCAUAA